GGCCAAAGAAUUUGAUAAGCUUCAAUGGAGUUUAGCAUAUACAUAUGAAAGAACAAGCAUAUCAGAAACCUAUCAAGAUAAAUCACCCUUACAAAGAACUACUGAAGCAAUUAAAAAAAGCAGCAAGUUAUACAAUAUAAUUUAUUUUCAAAUUGCGAAUGAAUCAGUUAAUAUUGAAAAACAGGAAAGAUUUUUAAGAAUUGAAGAAGAGAAAUUGGCUAUUCAAAAAAAUAAAAAUAAUGAGUUGGAAAAGGAGAUUAUGUUAUAG